UUUCUAAUGGUCUGACGGUAUAUUUUAUCGAAAGCCUCGUGCUUUGAAGGAAAAUUUAAUUUGCUAAACAAGCCGACUAGUAUUCGAAUUAACACUUGUAGUAUAUCUGGGGCGACUGUUUAAGGACUGAGCAUCAUAAUGAGCACCGAAUCAACGAAACCAGCGCCCAGCCAAGAGGCAAUUGUGGCCCAAUUCCAACAGCUGCGGAACGACCAGAGAAAUUUGGCCAACAACCUAAACACCCUGGAAAUGGACUUGAGGGAGCACAAAACUGUGAUAGAAACACUGAAGUUGGCCGAUCCGGACCGCAAAUGUUUUCGUCUGAUUGGCGGCGUCCUUUGUGAGCGGACCGUGAAAGAGGUGCUGCCGCAGCUGGUGGAGAACCAGGACUUCAUUGCCCAGACCAUUACAUUAAUCACGGAGGAUCUGAGCAAAAAGGGGACGGAGCUGAACAAGUUCAAGGAGGAGCACAACAUCAAAAUCCGUGGCGAGCACCUGAGCGCCGAGGGUGGCAAAUCGGAUGCGGAGAGCAGCGGCAGCAAGUCUGAGAACCGCAACGUUCUCGUCUCCAACUAGAGACGCAGAGAACCCAGCCAGCACGCAGCGUAUUUAUUGUGUCUAUGUAUGAAAUGAACUCUGCCGAGAUUUGCGAACAAUAACACUCAACCGAUCACCGGAUCCAUGGAUUGAAUACUGAAGUUCUAAUGUUAUAUGUAAUUUGUAGCUGUAAGGCGAAGUUCACACGCCCCCCACUCACAUCCCAAAUCUCUCAUUCACACGCAUAACACACCUCACCACAACACACCAGACCACACCACACACCGGCCCCGAAAGUAAAGCACUACUGUAACA